AUGAUAUCAUCAUCCACAUUAACAUCAGCAUCAAAAGAUGCCAAACCAGUAGUGAAAAAGGUUUCGGAAAUGAAUGAUGAAGAAUUAUUGAAUGAAGAAUUAGAAUUAACGGAAGAAGAAUUGAAGGAAUUUGGAGAUGAUGAAGAUUUGAAACCAUAUAUUAAAGUAAAACAGGAAGAACAGAAGAAGAAGAAGGCUUUGAAUUCAUCAUCAUCAGCAACAACAACAACAACAACAUUGGAACAACAGAAUACAACAACAUCUAAUGAAGAAAAACCAAAGGUUUUACCUCCUAAUCCUUCAUUUGUUCCAACUAUAUUGUACGUCAUUUAA